CAAAAUCUAUCAUAUAAACAUUGUUUAAGAGAAAACUGCAUUCCUUAACAGAGCUUUCAAAUCAGAGUGCAGGCUAUGUUGAUGCUCACAGCUAGAGAACAGGCAGCAUCAAUGUGAAGGGGAGUUGGUGAUGACAUGUACAGCUAAGUCACAAAUAGGAACUCAUCCCUAGGAAUUACCUUCAUUCUACAAAUAAAGAAAAGGCUCGGAAAUAUGCAUUUACAAGCAAGUAUACUCCUGCUUCUGGUUUCUCCAAACUUUGUUUACACCUCUGGGAAUUACCCUGAAAGAUAUGCAAAGCAACCCAGCAUGAAAGGACCACCAGUGCCAUUUGUGCCAUUUAAUGCAAAAAGCCAAGUGUAUCCAAGUGGACCGGAGCAAGGACCACCAGGCCCUCCUGGGCCAGUAGGUCCAAGAGGACUACCUGGCCCACAAGGCCCUCCAGGAAAGCCAGGGUAUGGAAUCCCUGGGCCACAAGGAGCCCAAGGAGUACCAGGACCUCCAGGGUUUUCUUCUGUUGGAAAACCAGGAAUUCCAGGACUGCCAGGAAAGAAUGGAGAACGUGGCUAUCAAGGAGAAAAGGGAGACAUUGGCCCAAUUGGACUACCAGGGCCUAGAGGCCAACAGGGGCCACAUGGAAUCCCAGGUCCUGCGGGUCUUUCUGCUGCUGGAAAUCCAGGUCCACAGGGGGCUAUAGGAAACCCAGGCCCAAGAGGUGUUCCUGGAUUUAAAGGUGAAUCUGGUAUGCCUGGUAUCAAUGGAGUUAAGGGACAAAAUGGGUAUGGGGUGCCAGGUCAGCCAGGAGAAAGAGGACCUCCUGGAUUACCAGGACAACCUGGACCACAGGGCCCUCCUGGGAUUGGUAAACCUGGAGUAAAUGGCCUUCCUGGGCAACCAGGAAAAUUAGGAGAUCGAGGCUUACAGGGGCCACAAGGAAUGCAAGGUCUUCAAGGUUCUCAGGGUCUCCCAGGGCAGGCUGGGCAACCAGGCAUUGGUAAACCAGGGUUAAAUGGACCUCCGGGAAUGCCAGGACCAUCUGGACCCAAAGGACAACCAGGACUGCCAGGCAUGCCAGGCCCUCAGGGACUACAUGGUUUUGGAAAACCAGGAAUGCCAGGAAUUAAAGGACACAGAGGACUUGAUGGGGCUUCAGGGUUACCAGGUAUAAAAGGGGACCAUGGCCCAGUCGGUCUUCCAGGGCCACCAGGACUGCAUGGGUUUCCUGGGAAUGUGGGUAUGCAGGGAGCAAGAGGGAUUCCAGGUGAAAUUGGUUUACCAGGCCACAAAGGAGAGGUUGGCCCAAAAGGUUCAGCAGGAGUUCCCGGACCAAAAGGAGACCAUGGUUUUCCAGGGAUUGAUGGGAAGCCAGGAUAUCCAGGUGAGCCUGGCCUUGCUGGCCCCAAAGGCUAUCCAGGUUCGCUUGGUCAAAAAGGAGAGAAAGGCAUUAUAGGACCACCUGGUGUACCUGGAGUACCUGGUCCUGUGGGCCCCCGAGGGGAGGUAGGUUAUAAUGGUGAGCAAGGACCAAGAGGAGUCACUGGAAUACCAGGUAUGAGAGGGCCAACAGGACCUUCUGGCAUUCCAGGUCUUCCUGGUCAGAAAGGGGACCAAGGUAUGCCAGGUGUUCCUGGCCCAGCAGGUAUUGCAGCAAAUGGGAUACAAGGACCACUGGGACCUCCAGGAAUUCCAGGUCAAAGAGGAAUGAAUGGUGAGCCAGGGUUACCAGGACCACCAGGCCCUCCUGGACAACCUGGACAGAUAAUAAUGCCACAUCAUAUGCCAGAUGGGUAUGGAAAAUCAGGACAAAUUCAGAGUCUUAGAGAAAUUCAGGCAUCGGCAUUUACUGCUAUCCUCUCUACAGCUUAUCCACCAGUGGGAAUGCCUAUCAAAUUUGACAAAAUACUGUACAACAGACAGAAUCAUUAUGACUCACGAACUGGAAUUUUUACCUGUAGGAUACCAGGAAUAUAUUAUUUUUCUUAUCAUGUGCAUGUGAAAGGCACAAAUAUCUGGGUUGCAUUGUAUAAAAAUGGAACACCUCUAAUGUACACUUAUGAUGAGUACAAGAAAGGAUACCUUGACCAGGCAUCAGGCAGUGCAGUUCUAGACUUAAGUGAAAAUGAUCAAGUGUGGCUUCAGUUACCCAAUGCUGAAUCCAAUGGCUUAUAUGCCUCUGACUAUGUACAUUCCUCUUUCUCAGGAUUUCUAUUUGGCCUAACAUGAUAAUAACAUUUAAAAAAAAAAAAAAAAAUCACACAUUUCUGAUCUGUAUGCUUGAAACCUAGUGUAAUUGUCAACUAACAGAAUGUGUUCCUUUUUCACAAAAAAGAAAAAACU